UCCAAUCCUUGUUCCUGUCCUGGCUAACAUUACCGACUGCUUUCAUAUUUCGUGUAACGAGAUAACCACCAAAACUCGAUUUUUUUUAGUUUUUAAUCAACGAACACAUAGCCUAUUGUUGGUUGCUUCUGUUUUUAAUUUUCAUUUCAGAAUAGGAACCAAUGGCUCAUUUGCUGACACCAACUCCUACCACUGCUGCAACAGCUCUCUCCGCCAGAGCCCGGAAGAGCCCCCUCUAUUCGUUGAAAAAUGUUUACUUUCCAACUUCAAGAGUGUGCUGCGUUGGUCACCAAUAUCAACAAUCUCACCCCUCUUCCCUCUCUGAUCUUGAUCAAGUCCCUCCUCCCGGUGACAAUCACUCUCUGCGUCGCAGGACAUUGAUGGGGUUGAGUGGUGCGGCAACGUUGGGGUUGAGUUUGAGUGAUGAGCAAAGUGCAAGGGGUGCAGCAAGGCGUCCACCACCUCCACCACCGACGGAGAAGAAGGACCCGAAUGUGAGUGGUGUUCAGGCUAAAGUGUUGGCUAGCAAGAGGAGAAAAGAAGCCAUGAAAGAAGAAGUGGCAAGGCUAAGAGAGAGAGGGAAGCCCGUUAAUAAAGAGGCACCUCCUCCUCCUGCUGCACCUGAAUAGUUUCCACAUGUUUAACCUUUCUAUUGUGAUCAGUUACAAUUGGUUGGUGUUAUUGUUGUAUUACUAUAUCACUGUUGGAUUGAAUAAGACCGUUUUGUUUGACAGUUUAUGUAGUGAAAUGACACUCUUUUCAAAGGUGUAUGGUUUCA